AGUAAUUUUAUCAUACUAAGUAAAUUUACCUUUGGUUUGCCAAUCAUUUCCUUCAUUUUCCAGAUAACUCUUCAAAAUGAAUUCUAUCUUCAAACAUUAAAACCAAAACAACAACAAAACUCCCUCUCACCUCUUCUCAGCUUCUUUAGUGCUUACCACAGUGUUGAUAUUACAAAAGUACUGUGAGAAUUUCCUGUAUUGUGGUUCCUGGAACACGUUAGAAGCUUGUGAUUUUACUGCUUCUUAUUCGUACUGUAGUACAUGGCUCAUCAAUAGAUAAUUCCAAAACAUCAUUUAAAUACACAAUUUUUCAUUCUAUUUUUUUCUUGCUAAAUUCCUUCAUACUCAACUUUCAGAGUCUUUCAACUCCAGCUCAGCUCCAACAUUUCAACGCUGUUCUUUCUAAACAAGUACACGUCGUGCCUUCUCUACAUCGCUCUUGGAACAUAACUUCUCAUGGCAGUGUUUAAGGCCACUUUCUGGAGGCUGAUUUCUGGGACCUUAGGGAUAAUAUGCCUUUCGUUGAUGGCUACACUGGGAAUUUUACUAAAAAAUUCUUUUACUAAACUGAGUAUUGAGUCAGCAUUUACUCCAGGACCCAACAUAGAACUCCAGAAAGACUCUGACUGCUGUUCUUGCCAGGAAAAAUGGAUUGGUUAUCAAUGCAACUGUUACUUCAUUUCCAGUGAAUCUAAAACUUGGAAUGAAAGUAGGCAUCUCUGUGCUUCUCAGAAAUCCAGUCUUCUUCAGCUUCAAAGCAGAGAUGAACUGGCAUCAGGAUUUUAUGAGCUCCAGUCAACAAUUUUACUGGAUCGGACUCUCGUACAGUGAAGAACAAAACGCCUGGUUAUGGGAGAGUGGCUCUGCACUCUCCCGGCAUCUGUAAGUUUCUGCCAGUCAUUACCUGUUUUGCUCUUUAUGAAUUUGUCCUUAGAUGUGACUAGCAAAGGUCAGAUCCAGGAGAUCCAGGAGCACUGUAGCUGACAUAACCUUGUCUAGGGCAUGAAAAUACAGAAAAAGGAAAGGGUACAACAAAAUAACAGUUUUAGAUCCACCUAGAACAUCCAAGUUUAUGUUCAAGUGACAUAGUUAGUGUAUUUGUGGCCAUAAAAGAACUUUAACAUGUGCUUUUUUUUUUUUUUUUUUUUUUUUUGCCUUAGUACAAGCACUUGGCAGUAUAUGUGCAUGUACAGAUACUCAUAUACACAGAGGCAGUCCAGAUAAAACAGUAUAUCCAUUAUUUUAUCUAUUCCAGUAGACUCCAAUAUUCUCAGCAUCCUCUUGUAUUUUGUAUACUGUAGAUUUAUUUUCUGUAUAUGUGAACUUUUUGAAUCUCAUUUUCAUUUAUAAACAUGAGAUUUGCAACAUCACACAGGGACAAAAUUUAUGCUCUGGCUUGUUUCUGUUUCCCUAGACUAGAUUGGAUAAUACAUCUUGAACAAAAUAGAAGUGAAGCAUUUCACACAUUUAAACCAUUAAUGAGAACAGAAAAACAAAAAGGAAAAAUCCCUGGCCUCAGUGAUAUUGAUCAGCGAGAAAACAACUGGGUAUUUUGUAGCAUUACACUAGAGAAUCAUGAAAAUUGUGGUCACUGAAAAAGAAAAAAGGACUCGAUAUGUUAAUAUCUCACUCAAAUGCUUUUAAAGGUUACAUUAUUUAAUUGAAAACUUCCCUGUUCAUUCUCACUUCCUUUUUCCAUAUGUUAACAUUUUCUUCUUCAUUACAGAUUUCCAUUGUUUGAAACUUCUAAUCGAAAGAACUGCAUAGCAUAUAAUCCAAAGGGAAAUGCUGUAGAUGAACCAUGUGAAAUUAAAAAUCGUUUUAUCUGUAAGCAACAGGUCAUUUAAAUGUUUCUUGGGGCAGAGAAGGUGGAGAGUAGAGACCCAACAUUACUAAUAAUGAUACAUUCACCUGUUAUAUUAUUACAUAUUGUCUACUUCUAGAAUCUAUAAAUGUUUCAAAUAGUGUCUUAGACAGUUGUCAUAUAUGUGAAACAAUGUGUUUUACAAUUGAUGAAAUUUGUACAUCUACAUUUGAAAUUAUAAAGUUAAUAUAAAGAAUUUUGUAUUUUGA